AGCCCAGUUCAGUCCUCUGUAUAAACUUCAAGAUUCUGGCAGGCAGGUGUGGAGAUCUGUUCAUCUUGCGGCCACCCAAGACAAGCUUGGUCUGUGGAACCAGAAUAGCAUCUGUAGCAGCUGAAGUCAUCCUAGGCUCUUGGCCCUGUGUCCUGGCAGCAAUUUGAUAUGAAGAUGGCAGCCAGGGUGCUGUGGGGCAGCCUCAGCCUGCUCCGCCUGGUGUGGUGUCUCCUUCCACAGACAGGCUAUGUGCACCCAGAUGAGUUCUUCCAGUCUCCUGAGGUCAUGGCAGAGGACGUCCUGGGCAUAAAGGCCGCGCGGCCCUGGGAGUUUCACCCCAGCAGCCCCUGCCGUACAGUGGUCUUCCCACUGCUGACCUCUGGCUCUGCCUUCUGGCUGCUCAGGCUCUGGGAAGAGUGGGGGCCGUGGCCUGGCCUGGUGAGUGGCUAUGCGCUGCUGGUCGGGCCCCGCCUCCUCCUCGCUUCCCUCUCCUUUGCCCUGGACUUGGCCGUGUACCACCUAGCCCCACGCUGGGGGGCGGAGCGCUGGAACGCCCUGGUCCUGCUGUCUGGCUCCUACGUCACCUUGGUCUUCUACACAAGGACCUUCUCCAAUGCCAUUGAGGGGCUGCUCUUUGCGUGGCUGCUGGUACUGGUAUCCCCCCGUGUGGCUGGGAGCUGCACGCCCAAGAAGCCUGCCCCAGGCCCGCUGUGGCACAGUUGGCUUCUUGGGGGUGUCAUGGCUGCUGGCUUCUUCAACCGGCCCACCUUUCUGGCCUUUGCUCUGGUCCCCCUCUUCCUCUGGGGUACUUAUGGAGCCACAAACCCCAGCCUCAAGUCGCUGACCAAGGAAGCCCUGGUGCUGCUCCCAGGGGCGACCCUCACAGCAGUGGGGUUUGUGGCUGUGGACAGCUGCUACUUCUCCAGUCCAUCUAGACCCCGUACCCUUGUCCUCACACCUGCCAACUUCUUGUACUACAACCUGGAUCCCGUAAACCUGGCAAGGCAUGGCACACACAUGCGGCUCACUCACCUGGCAGUCAAUGGCUUCCUGCUCUUUGGGGUGCUGCAUGCCCACGCCCUGCAGGCUGCGUGGCAACAGCUGCGAGCCUGCCUCCAGGCCUUCACACAGAUGGGCUUCCCAAGGGCACUGGCUGCCCGGAGCCUGCAGUCCAGCCCCAGGUCUCACCUCCUGCUCCUCUACUUCAUGCCCCUGGCCCUGCUGUCUGCCUUUAGCCACCAGGAGGCUCGGUUCCUAAUCCCCCUCCUGGUCCCCCUCGUCCUGCUUUGUAGUCUACAGACCCAACUGGCACCCCGCAAGGGCACCCUGGUCCUUUGCAAUGCCCUGGGUGCCCUCUUCUUCGGCUGCCUGCACCAGGGGGGCCUCAUGCCUGGCCUGGGGCACCUGGAGCAGGUGGUUCGCGCUCCUGCGCUCCUGCGUGUACCCACCCACUACACACUCCUCUUCACCCACACCUACAUGCCCCCGCGGCACCUCCUGCACCUCCCGGGCCUGGGCUCACCCGUGGAGGUGGUGGACAUGGGCGGGGCUGAGGACCAGCUCCUGUGCCAAGCCCUCAGCAACCUCACCAGACAACCAGCCUGCCACGUGGCUGGUGGGCCGUGGCUCUGCCGCCUUUUUGUGGUGACCCCUGGCACCACCAGGUCUGCCAUGAAGAAGUGCAGCUUCCCCCUCAAGAGUGAGACACUCAUCUUUCCCCACUUGACUCUGGAGGACCCACCGGCCCUGUCCUCCCUGCUGAGUGGGGCUUGGAGGUACCAUCUCAGCCUUCACAUCCUGGAGCUGGGGGAGAAACCUGACAAUAUGACAGAAAAGCCCCUGCCCAAGACUCAGCCAUAGGUGAAGGCGCUGCUCCACCUUCUAGGUAGAGAGCUGGGCUGGGACAGAGACCUGACUCUCUUCCUUCCCUUUCCCUUCCAGAAUCCCCACCUCUCCUGUGCACAGCCUUUGACUGCUCCACCUUCUGGGUAAACUGACACCCAUCUUCCCUCAAAAACCAAAGAUCUGACCAGUCCCAGUCCUGAUGCCAAGGUCCCCAAAGAACCUGGUGUAAUCAAUGACGCAAAAUGCCUGUUCCUGCCCUAUUCCUUCCAGCCAC